AUGAUACCAAUUAAUAUAGUCGGAGGCAGGGGCCUGGUAUUUGACUUGGAUCAUGUGAAAGUACUAAGAGAAAAAUAUCAUGUUUGCGGAACGCUGAUAGGAAUUUUACCGCAGAUACCUCAGCAAAAUGUCUUCAUGGGCUUACCUUUGGAACUUAUGCCUGAAGAUAUCGAACUUCUGGUGUUCGACUUAAAAGUAGCAUAUUUGGUAGAUGAUAGCGAAGCACACAAACAAGCGGUUUCCAAGUUUACCAAAGAAGAUGCUAAAGAAGUGCGAGCUGAAAGACAUCGACAGGAGCAAGAGCAGUUUGAACGUCAUAAAGAUGUCAUGUGGGAGAGAAGAGUAGCUGCUUUAGAGAUAAAACGACGAAAGGAACAAGAGAAGGAGAAAAAAAGAUUGGAAAAAUUGAAAAGUGAAAAGCGCGAUGGAACUGAACAAGAUCAAGUCGUAGCAAACGGAGACCAGGCUGGGCCGGUUGAACCAGCUCCCCCAAGAAUUCCAGAGACAGAGACGACCAAGGCUUCUCAUCAAGAGCCAGCCACUGAUUCUAGGGAUAAUCUUACAUCUGCCAAUACUGAAAAGCAGGGAAAAGUGACAGUUACAACUACCAUAAAAACGGAGGGUAAUAUAGAGACUGAGAGAGAAGUUAAAGUAGAAAUUAUAGAGAAGACGGAGAGAAUUGAGAGUGAAGAAGAGAAGAAUUCUGCUGACGAAGAGGUCAUAAGCCUUGAAAAACAGCGCUGGCUCGAGAAAACCUUCCCUGAAUCACAACAAAUAACUGGUGGAACGGUCACUAUACCCAGUGUUACCACCCCAACGAACUCUUCAUUAAAGACAUAUAAGCCAUUGGCUGUUCAAGAAAGUUUUUUUGUUCCCAGGCCCUCCAAAGCUUCCUACAACAUAUACAAAGAGCUUCAUAAAAAAGGAUUUUUCCUCACACCGGGUCUGCGGUUUGGCGGUCAAUUUGUAGCAUAUCCUGGUGAUCCGCUGAGAUUUCAUUCUCACCAUAUUGCCAUUGGGUUUAACUGGGAUCAGGAGUUUGCUGUCUUGGACAUAGUUGGUGGAGGAAGGCUAGGAACGGCAGUGAAAAAGUGCUGGGUAGUUGGGGCUGAAGACUCGGGCUGUGAUGUCAAGGAAGAAGACAAAUACAGGAUAUUCAGCGUCGAAUGGGCUGGUUUUGGCUAG